AUGUCUUUGGGUAGACUGCAUCGUCGUCGAAUUUUUAGGCUCUUCUCCAACGUUUACCCUAUAGUCAUAAUUUGUACGAUCAUUUGGGGAGAAUGGUUGAACUUCUACUACUGGAGAUUAUAUUGGAACAUCCGUCGAUCCACCUCAGACGAAUCAUUAGGCAUUCUAAUAGUGGCUGAUCCACAACUAGUUGGUUUCAAGAAUGAAAAUCAUAUGCUCGGACCGUUGACAAGAUGGGAUUCGGAUAAGUUUUUAUCGAAAGGAUUCUCUCAUGCAUUAGCCGCUACACAACCAGAUCUCGUGAUCUUCCUUGGAGACCUUUUCGAUGAAGGUCUCGAAGCCAGCGAAACAGAAAUUCAGUGGACUGUUUCAAGAUUUUUCGACGUUUUUGACUCUCCAUUUCCGAAAAUUUUCAUCAGUGGCGAUAAUGACGUCGGCGGUGAAGCAGAACCUGUGCAAAGUCAUCUAACCACUCGUUUCAGCCAUAUUUUCAUUAACUCAUUUCCAAACUCACACAAACUCUUCGAUCGGCUCUCCUUGACAGAGGUGAACUUGAUGAAUGGUGAAGUCACUAGUAUUCUUGAUUCUUCGCUUCUUCCGAGCUUAAACCUAAUCUUCAGCCAUGUACCUUUUGCCAUCCCCUCCUACCAUGAUCCGAACAAUUUCAUAAAGACGCUUCAGCCCGAUCUCAUUUUGAGCGCUCACGAUCAUAAAGCUUAUGUCCAUCGUCUUCCACGAACUGCUGGAAUAGCAAUAAAUUCUACAAGUAUCACUGGUUCAUACAAAUCGGCGGUGUUUUCUGUUGGUGGAGAUGAGCCCAUACUCGAAUUACAAACUCCAACAUGCUCGUAUAGGAUGGGAGUGUAUGAUGUUGGCUAUGGAUUUGUUCAGUUAGAACAUUCGUCGGAUAAUGAAAAAUUCAUCGUAUCAUUUUCAAUUCUUUGGCUUUCUAGUCGUUUUUAUGCGUUGAUUCUUUAUGCGAUCGUUCUUAGUCUCGGCCUUCCGAACUAUGGACAAAUGGUUGGUCUCGCGAGUACUCUCUAUCUCCGAGCAUCCACUAUUAACGCUUUCCCAUUCAUCGCAGGAACUAUUUGUUCGAACGGUAAACAGAAAUCGUCAAGCUCAGCGUAUAUCCUGAAACCUCCGCGUAAGUCUCGGGAACCAACAAAGUCCGCCUGGAGACGAUCAGCUAGCGGACGGUGCGAUUCUGGUUGUAAUACUUCCCUCCAUAACGACGAUACUACUGUCACACCUUUGCGUAAUAUAAAAUACUACGUUACGAACAUUGGAUGUUGCUACGGUAUCAAGAGAUCAAGAAGAGGCAUGCUGAAAUCGACUGGAGCAAAUGUUAAAAGAGUGAUAACUGGUCAGCUCAAAAGCUGCUGCCAUUCAUUCUUUGUUGUUCUGCGAAACACGGAGGACAAAUAA